AUGGAGAACUCGCAAAACCACCUUAGUGCGGCUGCUACUCCAAUUCCGAAAAUUGUCAGCUCAGUGCUGCAGGAAGCUUCCAAAGUGGACGUCACUUCCCAACCAGCUACUAUCAAUGUUCCUACUAAUAGAAUUGGAUCAUACCAAAAUCUAAGCGUUCUCGACGCCUUCUUUCACCCAAAUGAUUUACAAAACACCGAGGGAAGCGCCUUGCCUCAGACACGCCUAAUUGCCGUCGCCGCAGCCGUCAUUUCCGUCUCAUUCUUCACGGCUGUUUGUAUCUGGGCCUGUUUUAGACUACGAAACCGACAUCGUGCCGAAGCCCUUUCUCUGCCGCACACUUCAAGACCCACUACACACAUUGAUCUCUCCUCUCCGGAGAAGAGCGUUCCAUCUACGAAAGCUGACUUCAUCGGGAGUCCAAGCAGUGGUUUCGGGACAAAUACGCCCACUACCUCCACAUUUUGUGAGGAAUUUGACUUUGUGCCCGCUAUUGUGCCAGCGAUCCACAGCCCCACAACGAUCAUGCAUCAUGGGGAUAUCAGUAAAUGCACAAAGGGGGCCUAUGGCAGCCCUCUCAUACGGGCGGGUUCACAGUGUUAG